AUCCAAAGGACCAGUGUAGAGGACCAUGACGACUUUUGAUCAACAUGACGAAGUACCGGUACCGGUAGAAGAAGAAGAAGAAGAGACGGAUGUCCUCUUGUCUCUGACAGGCAUCACCGCGGCAGAGCACGAGACGAUUGAACUCAAAUUGGCGCAAGCACUCCAGCUAGAGCCCGACAAGGUUUCCAUCCUGGAAGCCCAAGACGAUCAUGUCGUGGUUGUUGUCUACUCGACACGGUCGGCUUUCGACUUGGCCCAGCAAGUCAAUGAUCAAAAUCAACAACAAUUUGACAAUCCUGAUUCUUUUCAGUGCUCAGUGGUGGACAUGGAAGAAGAUGUGGAAAUUGACGAAACCACGGCCUUUCAACUCUGGAGAGACAUGCCCGAACAGGCUCGCACCACACAUUUGGCACUCGUGGCCAGUCCCGAUGGGGAAAUGAUCCAACCCACCCAUGACAAUAGUACUAGUUGUACUGUCAAGUCGACUACCACUACAAUUCCCAUGCAAGCACAGAUGGAGCGAGAUCCGUCCUUGCUGGAAUUCGAUAAUACCGUGCGCGUUUCUUCCAUCGAUGACGCUCAUACCAACUGGGAGGAACCCUUUGUCUUGACCACGGGAAAAUCCAUUACAAAAGAUGUGCUCCAACGCGAUCAUUUGAUACAACAAUUUGGAGACAUGCUGGUACGAACGGGAAAUCGAAAUACACUGGUCGAAAGUGGAUUUGAUAAUUCCAGGCCCCUGACACUGCAACAAGCCGUGGAUAAUCAUGACACGACGACGCAACCGAGUGAAGUUGGUUGCAUUGUCUUUAGCCCCGUCCAGGAACUGUCCGACGAGUUCCAACAGCAUUUGGAACCUCUCCUGGCUGCCUUUCCAGCCUUUUUGGAUGAAGAAACGAGUUCCCAUCCACACAGUCAAAAGUACACCUUGUGCCUUGCCAAUCAAGGGUUUGGGAUUGGUAUGCACAAACACAAUGCUGCCUUUUUCUGGUUGCUAGAGGGAACCAAAAAAUGGUACAUGGCGCCAUCCACGACAACAACAACCAGAUCCAACAAUGACGAGGAGCCGGACAAGAAGAUGAACCACCAAGUGCCCACCCAUCCCGAGUUUUACUCCACGCAAUCCACGCACAAGUGCAUUCAGCAAGCCGGAGAAAUACUAUACGUGCCCAACCAGUGGUAUCAUGAAAUUUUCAACCUAUCGUACACCGCGGGAAUUCAAGCAUUGCCGGAUUGAUUUGAUUUGAUUUGAUUUGAUUCGAUUUGACUUGAUUCGAUUGCUGCAAUUGGUAAUAACGUUAUGGGAAGGUUCUCCAACUGGAUCAUCACUAGAAAUUGCUUGGUUGAAUGGACCGCAAGACACGGACAAAUACCGACCGGGGCGGGUUGCCGAAGGGAUAAAACAGAAAACAAGGCAUGCAACGCAGCAAACAAAGCACCACAGUGGGUGCGUCUGUUAGGUAUGGACUAUGCAAGGAUACUGCACUCAUCAUGGAGAAGCCAGUAUGAAAAUUUGAUAGUACAGUCGGUCUGCUUUCGAUUUGGUAUCGCUUACUCCUCCGCCGGUGUGCCCGUUGCUUGACAUGGAAUGAAUCGAAUCGAACCCAGCUAGCUAGUUUUGCUUCCAAUAAGGUCACAAUUGCCUCUGGCUACGACUGCUCCUGCCUUCCCACCCACCCACCCCCCAAUAAAGAUUCGGGCAAGCCAGU